UGACGGCAACAAGUUUGUCCGUGCUGCACGCAAGCGAAUCUCCUCACACCCAUUCAUUGUACAACUCCGCCGUGGAUCUAGUAACACCUCCGCUGGGGAUACACAAGUCAGUAACAGCGUUCUUUCCUGAUCACCAUGCGUUUCAACUGGAUAUCUUCGGGCGUGGCUGCAGCAUCCUUGCUGGUCUUCUCAGCCCUUCCUGCUGCCGCCCAGUUCGAGAUCGAGUGCAUCCCCGACCAGUACAAGGAGGUUGCUGUCGGAUCUGGCACCAUAAUGAUUCGUCUGAACACCUGGAAGGCCACUGUUGGGGAAGCAGAAACGGCCGUUUGGAGUUUCGACGUGAUCAACGCGGUCGACGGGUCCAAUGUCAUCGAUUACCUCUACCCCUUCCAUAUUGGGCAAUCUGGCAGUGACCUUUACACCAUCAGCCUGAUGGGCGGAGCUGGUACUGAAGUGAUCGCCACCGUCACCGCCUUCGAUGCGGCGGGCAACACGGACAGCUGCUCUUUCUUGAUGAUGCUUUGGCCAGAAGGGACUCCGCUUCCUACCGACGAGCCUGUGUCUACCCCACAGCCCACGCCAGAGCCGGUCGCACCGACUCCCGCGCCCAUCGUGCCUACCCCUGAACCGGUUGUCCCGGGCUGGGUCCAGACGCCCGUACCGGCCGCAUCCACCACCCCCGAGCCGGUUGUGAUUCCCCCUACCGCCGGCCCUUCAACUGUCCCGGCCACCUCCCCUCCGGUCAGCCCCCCUUCAGGCGAGCCCAGUGCGGCCCCUGUGAGUCCUGCCCCGAUGGAGGAGCCCACCUCGUCCCCCAUCGCCGUCAGCCCCGCUACUGCCCAACCGGUUUCCCCUCCUGAAGAAGAAGAUGACAACAACGCCGAGUUCGUCGAGGCAGGGAGCAAGACUACCGUCGGCGUCACCGCCACCGCCUACGACGACCGCCCUGGGGAGAGUGCCGGGGACGUCGGCUGCGGAGAGAUGGGUUGCCUUCCUGACCUCGCCCACGAUGGCGUCGGCGAGGAGGACACGGAGUCGAGGUGGUCGUGCGCCGAGGAGAUCGUGCCCGACGGAGGCCAGUGCGAGAUCUCCUUCACGUUCGACAGCCCCCAAGACAUCACCGACGUGCAGGUUGCCUUCUGGAAGGGGGACGAGCGCACUCGCACCCUCAAGGUAAAGAUAAACGGUGACAAGAUCGGCGAGUACGAGUCCUACCCCGGAUCUACCUUCAACUCGUUCGGGAUCCAAGAGAACGGCGUGCACACCGUUACUAUGGAGUCCGUCGGCAUUGACAGGGACGACUGGAUCAGCCUGCUCGAGGUGCGCUUCAUGGUGGACCCUUAGGCGUCACUCACCGAUCCGUCAAGCCCCACGAACACCACCUUCAUCCAUCAUCAUCAGCGCCAACUUGUGGAAUAUUUGGACGUUAAGGGACAUACCGUAGAUGAUGCGGACAGUUCGAUGGGAAAGAACGAGUGUUAUCUCCUGCAUGGGUUUUCGGAAUUAGUUGUACUGUACGUCUCGUGGAUUGAUCACGCAAACGCGAACGACUAAAUGGAAACGGGGAGGAGUGUUUUGGGGAGCAAUUAAUGUGUCUGAUAUUUGAUUCGGAUUUUGUGGGGAGAAUAUAUUGUGUGAGAAAUACGACAGUGGUGUGCGCUAGAUAACGUUAGGGAGGACUGAACCGAGCGGCAAGGGGGGAAGACAUGUUAGCAAGUGUUGGAUAGAGCACGUUACGUUUGAUGGUUCCUUAAAUGCCUUGCGGCCCAUGCGUCCUUCAUCUCCGUUUGAUGUUGAUCAUUCCUUUUGAUUCGCUGGACGAUAUUAACAGAAGCUGGACAAUAUCAGCAGAAGCGCCGGUGAUUCAAAGGUAACAUUUGUUGUGCGCAUUUUCUCGAGAGCGACAGAGUUAGCUCACCGCGAGGCAACCGUGCCUUCUAGUCGAGCGUGCUAUCAAGGUGAGAAGACGGGCAGACUGCUGUCUGUUCGCGCUUCAAUUGUUUUGGUCGGUGAAUCGUCACAUAAAGGUUCUAUCCCCUAGGCCAAAUAGGUGGUCAGCUCUGACUGUCCUCCCUACCUGAAGAUCCAAGUUUGAAGACGAAUUGCCGUUGUUGAAGACGGACGGACUUUUGAAGGGACACAAACCAACCCACACCACGGCCACCAUUACCAGGACCGAUGGGGACCGCAAAGUUCUUCGCCGCCGAGACGAUGUCUCGCCAUAAAAUAACAAACGGGGUCGGUCAUGCAUUGCACGCUGCUUGUCCCCGUGCGUCCUGCUCUCCGACCCAACGGGCCAAAUCCACCCCUGCGUGCUACUAUACAUGUGCCCCUCGAAACAAGAUCUCAGCACCAUCGUCUCCAACCAGCUGUUUGCAACCACACCAGCCUCAAGUCUCAGUGUUCUUCGAAGUAUUGCAGUGCCUUCUUCACUUCGUGCGGGGAAUGAUUUGGCACCGCGAGGGGGGCACGUGACCAACUCCCCAAGAAGGGCUUCCCAAACAAACAGCAACACCCUCUUCGCUUGGUUUCUGACCGACCCCAUCUUCUUCUACAACUCCUCGAUCAGCUUUUUUCGCCGGCCCUUGCCCUCUCCCCCGCCGCCGCUGCCGCCAGCGCCAGCGCUGCUUCCAACCGCUUCCGACGAGGGAGGCGGAGGCGGCGGCGGUGACCCUACCACCGCCUUCCCGACACCAACACGGCCUCCCGGGAGGAUCGGCGCUCCAUGUUCUCCGAGGCUCAGACCCGACAGUUUGCUCGUAAGAGCCGAUGAUGACGUCACGCCCCCUCGCGAAGCCUUGUCUUCGAGCGAUUCUAGCUGUAGGAGGUCUGUGUUUCGCUCGACCGCUCGGGAAGCGGAGGGCUCGCUGGCGUCGUCGUCGUCGGCACCAGUUCUGCCGGGAGCUACGGCGGUAGUUGUGGACCGUCGAGGGUCCCUCGCUUCACCUUUUCCACCGCUGUUGUUGGUGCUGCUACCGUUGGCUUUACCUCCAGUCGUUGCGGCUGCCCCUGACGCGCCCGACUUCGCCGCCUCAUUCGGCAAUGCAAUUGCAUCCGUGUCAGCAGCGGCAGCA